UGGCCCCUUCUGGAGCUCACCAUGCAGAAUUUGGUUUGGCUGCUCUUCCUUACAGGUUUCCUUUGCAACCCGAACCCAUUGAAGAUAAACCCCGAUUCUCUGGUUACCUGGAAAGGAUCCUGUGUAGUGAUUCCCUGCCAGAUCAGUCACUAUAACGGGGCUGUUCUCAGAGACAUCUCCCUGCUUUGGUUUUUCCAACCUUUUUAUGAUACGAUCUAUUCAGAGUACUCUGGCCACUUACUAUACGACAGCUCUGCAACAUCAAGACACUACAUCACCCGACUGCGGUCUUUUUCUGGAAGUCCAUUAGAGUUUGUAGGGGAUUUAGAAAAGAAAGACUGCAGUUUGAAGAUCUCUCAAGUCCAGAUGGUGGACAGCGGCAUCUAUGGGGCAAGACUUUCUGCUUCGUAUAGUCAGCCGGUUCAGCGAUCUAAGUGGUUUCUCAAUGCUACAGUUAAUGUUGCUGAGUCACCUCCAGAGCCUAAGAUGGACAUCAGUCCUAAAGAUAUCCAAGAAGGGUGGACCAGAGUGACCUGCUCUGUACCGUACCAUUGCCCUGAAGAACCACUAAGACUGACUAUCAGUGGCUUAGGAGGGACUCGUUUGUCUUCACAAAGAACAACUAUCAAUAAUGGAGCGAUCCAAACGGUUGUGAGUUUGCAAAUGACCUUGGAGGACCAUGGGAAGUCUCUCGUCUGCUCCCUGAAAAAAUGGAAUUGGUCGGAAAUAUCCAAAAGCACCAUGCAGCUGGAUGUGAAAUCUCACCUGGACUACCCAUCAGCCACUGCUGCUCCUGAACCCGAACCCACAACAGAGAGUGAAGGAACACAGUCUUCUCUAUCUGAACCGCCCCCUUCACGGGUCCCCAUCUCUCCUCUCCCAUCUUCUCAGACACCCCAUGAUGGCAGAACCCUGUGGGAGGAAUUCAGUUUCCUCAGUGAAGCGCGGAACCAGCCUGCAAAGGCCCAUACCCAGUUUAUCCAUAGCUGCAAAGAGUUAACAUCUGCAGUGGUCCACCUCACGGAACAGUUUCAGAAAGCAUUGCUUCAGAUACGGCAGAGGACUUGCACGGUUCCCAGAGAGAUAAAGAAGCCGUAGAGGAGAAAGCCAGAUUUCAACCCCCUUCCUCAUUAGUUUUGAUUCUUUGGCAUGGUUGCCCAUUCUUGUUUCAGGGAGGACUUCUCGUUGACACCAAAGUUUUAG